AUCAAAUUGUUAGAUUGAUGUAGUUUUUAUUUAUUUAUUUAUAUUUAUUGUUGCUUAGGAAUUUUGUCGACGGAUUUACAUCAUUACGUUUCCCGUUGAUGUCAUCAAAAACUAACAAAAUGCUCGACUCCACAGACGCAGAGUUGAGCGAUACCUCCUCCGGGGCGGCACCAUCUGACUACAAAAUAACAGAGCUACAUUCCAAGAAAAAAACCAGCUUAACUCCUGAACAAAGAAAGGAGGAUCGGAUGGCUAAAACCAGUGCCAGUUCACCUCAUGGACCUGGAUAUACAAGUUCAAUGUCCAAAGUUAAUGAAAAUGUGCCAUCUAAUCAGCAAUAUGAUCCCAAAAUGAUGGAUCCUGUUCAUAAGCCCAAGAUGCCACCAAACACGGAUAUUCAAAAUACUUGGACGACAGUAAACAUGAAAACAAAUGACGCAAGAAAUAACAAUACAAUGCAUAGUAAUCUUGUCCAUGUCCAAGGGAGUGGAAACAACAGCCCCAGUGAUAGCUUGGAGAGCUCCACGGCUCCCCUUAGGCCUCACACUGGUGGUGAUGGACGAUGGGAUGCCAUUAAUACGGUCAGUGCCAAAGGUCCAAUUGGUCUCAGCAAUUUCCGCCUUCUCAAGCGCCUUGGAUAUGGAGACAUUGGAAGUGUAUACCUUGUUGAACUCAGAGGAACCAAUGCCCAUUUUGCCAUGAAAGUAAUGGACAAGGCAUCCCUGGCUAGUAGAAACAAGCUAUUGCGAGCACAAACAGAAAGAGAGAUUCUUGGUCUUCUCGACCAUCCUUUCUUGCCAACUUUGUAUUCUUACUUUGAGACAGACAAGUUCUAUUGUCUGGUCAUGGAGUUCUGUAGUGGGGGCAAUCUUCAUUCUCUCCGUCAAAGGCAACCAAACAAGCAUUUUACAGAGGAAGCUGCACGGUUCUUUGCAUCAGAGGUGUUGCUGGCACUAGAGUAUCUGCACAUGCUAGGUAUAGUAUACAGGGACUUAAAGCCAGAAAAUGUGCUGGUAAGAGAUGAAGGUCAUAUCAUGCUCUCAGAUUUCGACUUAUCACUCCGUUGCUCUGUUAGUCCAACGCUGGUGAAAUCUUCAUCUACACAUCAAACAAGCAAUGGUGGUGGCUCUGGUGGCAUUUUGGAUACUGAGAAUGCUGCUGCGCAUGGUUGUAUGCAGCCAUCAACAUUUUUCCCCCGCAUUUUGCCCGGUAAAAAGAAUCGUAAAUCUAAAUCAGAUUUCGGCCUCUUUGUGGGAGGCGCCAUGCCAGAGUUAAUGGCAGAACCGACAGAUGUUCGCUCAAUGUCAUUUGUUGGGACACACGAAUAUUUAGCCCCAGAAAUCAUCCGAGGAGAGGGUCAUGGCAGUGCAGUGGACUGGUGGACGUUCGGCAUCUUCCUGUACGAGCUCUUGCAUGGCACAACUCCAUUCAAGGGUCAAGGAAAUCGAGCCACACUUUUCAACGUUGUAGGGCAGCCACUGAGAUUCCCGGAAAGCCCACAAGUGAGUUUUGUAGCUCGUGAUCUUAUACGAGGCCUUCUGGUAAAGGAGCCACACAAACGGAUUGCAUGCAAAAGGGGAGCAACAGAAAUAAAACAGCAUCCAUUUUUUGAGGGAGUGAACUGGGCUCUGGUCAGAAGCGCCAUGCCUCCCCACAUACCUGAACCUAUAGACUUUUCACAUUUUGCUACCAAAGAGGAUAAGAAUAACAAUCCUCCUCCUCAUAUUGGAGUUGGAGGGGAUCAAAACACUGUUACCACUUCUGGGGACUACAUAGAAUUUGAGUACUUUUAG